AGGGCGCGCGCCAGAGCUCGCGCUGUCAGACGGCGCUGGUUUGACUUGAGACGGGGAGCGCAAAGGCAUAACUACAGCGCGCGAGCGCUUUUCAGUUGAGUUAGUUUGUUUGUUUGUUUGUUUGUAAUCAUAAUUUUUUUUAUCGUUGUUAUUAAGCUUUUCCACGGACUUGCUUGGACGCUGGGGGUCAAGCAUACAGGUUUUAAUUCCACAGGAGUGCUUUACAUUUACCUCAGAUUAAAAAAAAAAAAAGGCAGGUCUGAUUAGGUUAGCUAGCUAGCUAACUUCCACAGUUUCUCCAUCACAAGAAGAAUAACUUGACAAGAAAGUUCCAAGGAAUAGAUCAGACUAGUCUCAGAAUAUGUAUCCCGUUUCCUGACUUUCAAAUAAAGAAAAGCCAUUUUUACUUAAUGCUCUAUUUUUCCAUUAGAAAAACUUAUAUCUCCUCCCAGCCCCAAAUAUUUACCCUGUGAAUGUAUUGAGCACUUUACUGAAGGCAUUCCUACCUCUCGAAAACUAAGAAUCCAUUUUAAUAUCAGAUACGCGUUAUUUGUCUCACGCCGCAGCCUUUAGUGUUGAGACCUAAUUCACUGUACCUCUUUGGAGACUGGUUCACUUGUAACUCAUAAUCCUCAACUAUAUCAGCUGAUCUACAGCAUACAUAGAGGUAAGAAUUAUAUAUACAUAGUGUUCAUCCAUUGUUGACAAAUUACAUCUAGGGGGGAAAAAAAACCUCUGCCCAUACAAACCAAACUCGGAUUCAAUGGAGAUGUGUCGCACAGUCUCUGUUUUCACUCUCACCGUUAGCUGAGAUUUGAAAAGUCAUUGAUUUCCAUCCAAACCGUCACCCUGGCGGAUCCUCAGCAGCCCCGGGAAGCCAUGGCGUCCUCAGUGCGCUUCACUGUGACGCCGACCAAAGCCGAAGACGUCCCAGGCCUGUCAGAUACAUCGCCUGACACCGGCUCACGCGGCAGUGGUCGAGUCCGCUUCGGCUCACGAGAGAGCGUCAACAACAGUGAGGACACGCCGGAUCGAAGCCACCAUGAACAUGAUGCAAAUUCUAAGCUCUCCAAUGUGUACAUCAAUAACAGUCACACCAUCGACGACGAUGAUUUCUACGACCGAAACCUGGCGCUGUUCGAGGAAGAGAUGGAUACUCGACCAAAGGUUUCCUCCCUUCUCUCGCGUCUGGUCAACUACACAAACCUCACACAGGGUGCCCGAGAGCACGAGGAGGCCGAGAGCAUCGGAGAAAAGCCCAAAUCUAGCAAGUCUCCUCAGAUGGGCACGUUUAUGGGCGUAUACCUGCCUUGCCUGCAAAACAUAUUUGGUGUCAUCCUCUUCCUCCGGCUCACCUGGGUCGUGGGCACGGCGGGAGUUCUGCAGGCGCUGUGUAUCGUCUUCAUCUGCUGCUGCUGCACCAUGCUGACUGCUAUCUCAAUGAGUGCUAUUGCCACUAAUGGAAUGGUACCAGCCGGGGGUUCGUAUUUUAUGAUCUCGCGUUCUUUGGGCCCAGAGUUUGGGGGCGCGGUUGGUUUGUGUUUUUACCUCGGCACCACCUUCGCUGGGUCCAUGUACAUCCUCGGAGCCAUCGAGAUCUUGCUGAUGUACAUGGCUCCAUCAGCUGCCAUCUUUUACUCCCAGCAGCCCGAGGGCGAAGCGGCGGCCAUGUUGAACAACAUGCGUGUCUACGGCUCUAUUUUCUUGCUGCUGAUGUCGCUUCUGGUCUUUGUAGGAGUCAAAUACGUAAACAAGUUGGCGUCGUUAUUUCUGGCCUGCGUCAUCCUUUCUAUCCUCUCCAUCUAUACCGGCGCUCUGGUCUCCGCCUUCAGUCCACCUUCCUUCCCAGUGUGCAUGCUGGGCAACCGGAGCAUCUCUCGACAUGAGCUCCACGACGAUCUGUGUGCGAAAACAGUUCUGACCGAUUCCAACAUCAACGUCAACAUUAGUGAAAACUUCAACGGCACAGAAGCCCCUCCUUUUACUCCAUCAAAGGUGGAGAAGACAACAAAUCUGUGGUUGCGUUUUUGUAAUUCGUCGAAGCUGAACGCAGCGUGCGACGAGUAUUUCAUGAACAACAACGUCACGAAGAUCGAGGGAAUACCGGGCCUCGCUAGCGGUGUUAUUGCAGAGAACCUUUGGAGUUCAUACCACAGCAAAGGAGAUCUUCUGGAGCAAGGUUCAAACCCCACCCCCAGCUCGGCCUCCACAUACCCCAGCCACCACCUUCCGUACAUCUUUGUCGACAUCACCACAUCCUUUACACUGCUGGUGGGAAUCUUCUUCCCGUCUGUGACAGGUAUCAUGGCAGGCUCAAAUCGCUCCGGGGAUCUGAAGGACGCCCAGCGCUCUAUUCCCAUCGGAACGAUUCUAGCCAUCCUCACCACCUCUCUUGUCUAUCUGAGCAGCGUGGUGCUGUUUGGGGCGUGUGUGAAGGGAGUGCUUCUCCGAGACAAGUUUGGUGACUCAGUGAAAGGCAACUUGGUUGUAGGUACACUGGCGUGGCCGUCCCCCUGGGUCAUCGUGAUCGGAUCUUUUUUCUCGACGUGCGGCGCAGGCCUUCAGUCACUGACCGGCGCCCCGAGAUUGCUGCAGGCCAUCGCUAAAGAUAACAUCAUCCCCUUCCUUAGAGUGUUUGGUCACGGUAAAGCUAAUGGAGAGCCUACAUGGGCUCUGCUGCUAACUGCCUUCAUCGCUGAGCUGGGCAUCCUCAUCGCUUCGCUGGACUUGGUCGCCCCUAUUCUUUCCAUGUUUUUCCUGAUGUGUUAUCUGUUUGUGAAUCUAGCAUGCGCUCUUCAGACUUUGCUGAGGACCCCCAACUGGAGACCUCGUUUCUCCUAUUAUCACUGGACGCUCUCGUUUUUGGGGAUGGUCAUUUGCCUGGCGCUAAUGUUCAUUUCAUCGUGGUACUACGCAAUCGUCGCCAUGGUGAUCGCCAGCAUGAUUUAUAAGUACAUCGAGUAUAACGGGGCAGAGAAAGAGUGGGGAGAUGGAAUUAGAGGUCUCUCUCUGAGUGCAGCUCGAUUUGCCCUGCUCAGACUAGAGGAGGGGCCACCACACACCAAGAACUGGAGACCUCAGCUGCUGGUUUUGCUGAAGCUAGACGAAGACGCUCACGUUAAAUCUCCACGCCUGCUGACGUUCGCCUCUCAGCUGAAGGCUGGGAAAGGUUUAACCAUCGUGGGCACCGUCAUUACCGGAAACUUCCUUUACGCUUACGGCGAGUCGCUUGCCGCUGAACAGACGCUGAAGCACCUGAUGGAAAAGGAGCGGGUGAAGGGGUUUGUACAGUGCAUUGUGGCACAAAAGCUACGCGAAGGCAUCAGUCACAUGAUCCAGUCAAGCGGCCUGGGCGGCAUGCGACCAAACGCGGUGGUGAUGGGUUGGCCACACGCCUGGAGACAGAACGAAGACCCGCAAAGCUGGAAAACCUUCAUCAACACCGUGCGCUUGACGACAGCAGCGCACCUCGCUCUAAUGGUGCCCAAGAACAUCUCUCUCUUUCCCACGAACAGCGAGCCGAACACAGACGGUUACAUCGACGUGUGGUGGAUCGUGCACGAUGGAGGCAUGCUCAUGCUGCUGCCCUUCCUACUGCGGCAACACAAGGUUUGGCGUAAAUGCGGGAUGCGCAUCUUCACUGUGGCUCAGAUGGAGGAUAACUCUAUACAGAUGAAAAAGGACCUGGCCACCUUCCUUUACCACCUGCGCAUAGAGGCUGAAGUCGAGGUGGUAGAGAUGCAUGACAGUGAUAUCAGUGCUUAUACAUAUGAGAGAACCCUGAUGAUGGAACAGCGAUCUCAAAUGCUCCGCCAGAUGCGCCUCUCCAAAUCAGACCGAGACAGAGAGGUAUUAUUUUGUGGAGAGGAGACUGUCAACUGCAGCCCCAUACAUAGUGCAGAGAGAAGCAAUAAUUAUGAAGACAGAGGGAGUGAAAGUGAGGGCGAGACAGAGAAAAAUAGAGCACAGCUGGUAAAGGACAGGAACUCGAUGCUGCGCUUGACGAGUAUUGGCUCCGAUGAUGACGACGACACCGAUGGCGGGACAGAGAAAUUUAGCGGAGCUGCUGAGAACAGGCGUGUCCACAUGACCUGGACUAAAGACAAAGCACUGGAACUGCGUGCGCAAGCGCACAUUCCCUCCGGCUGCAGCACACCCGAGGGCUUCAGAGACAUGCUCAGUAUCCGGCCGGAUCAUUCUAAUGUCCGGCGCAUGCACACAGCAGUCAAACUCAACGAGGUCAUCGUAAAUAAAUCCCAUGAUGCCCGGCUGGUCCUGCUCAACAUGCCAGGACCACCCAAGAACCCAGAGGGAGACGAAAACUAUAUGGAGUUUUUGGAGGUUCUGACCGAAGGCCUGGAGCGCGUCCUGUUGGUCAGGGGUGGAGGAAGUGAGGUCAUCACCAUUUAUUCUUGAUUGCCAAGUAAAAGUUGUUCGGCAGAUGAUUAACCGAACCGUCGAGCGGAACGCAGCAUGGACGACGCGUCAGUGGCUGUCUCUCAAACAUGCUCCGCCUACUCCACCAAGCCCCACCCACCGUCCACAUCGGCCUGUGUUCGCCAGCACCUGUUCUUCAGCACUUGUCACCAUUUCCAUGUGAACGACAUGAUGGUUAUGAGUGUGUGUAGAAGCGCUAUGUGUCAGACCAACUGAUGAGAAACACACACACACACACACACACACACACAUUACACAGUGGGACAGUGAGUGUGUUCCAUGGAUUGACUCAGGGGUUGUUCUAGUUGAUGGACCUUGAAUGUGUGUGUAUGUGUGGCAUUGUUUGUAUUUGAUAAGUGAUGAGCGUGGAAGGAUAGAGAAUUCAGAAUUAAGGGCGACAUUUUUUCCUAGCAAUAUGACACAGGCAUCGUUGCACAUUUUGUCAAUGUUUCAGCAUGCUAUUUAAGUGUCGCUUAUUAACGUGCUUGCAUGGUAGUGUGUAUGAGUGAGCGUGAGAGAUCCAUUGAAGACCCUUCUCCUGGAAUAUGCCCUUAAUUUGUUCUUUUUUUUUGUUUGUUUGUUUGUUUGUUUUUUUAUUUCCUUUGAGCAACCACUGAAAUUCCUGCACUCUUAUAUUGAUUGUAUUUGUGGUCCUUGCUCUUUUUUUAUGUAUGCAGAUCACCUGCACCUAGCAGCGCUUUCAAAGUGUGUUUUAAGAUAAAAAAAAAAAAUUGCCUGUACGUGCAGAGAUGGCGAUGUUUUUGGCUGUACUUUCAAAACAAAGACCAAUUUUUUAUGUUAUUUCUUUGUUGUUGUUGUUUUUUACAUUACAUUAAUAUUUUGAAAAAAAAGGUGCAAGUCAAUAAGUGGGAAAUAAACAGAUUUUGGAAGGAAAUUGA